AUGAGUAAACAUCCGAUAUAGAAUUACUAAAUCUUAAAAGUAAUUGGCAAGGUAUUUAGAACUUUUUUAAAUCUUCUUAGGGCGCAUUUGCAAUAGUUUAUCAAGGUCAACAUGUAAAAACAAAAGAAAUAGUUGCCAUUAAACAAAUUAGUACUGAUAUGCAAGAAGGACCCCAUAAAGAAAAAAUGUUAUAACUGUUUAAUUAAGAAAUUGAAAUAAUGAAAGCUAUCAAACAUUAAAAUAUUAUUGAAUUAAAAGAAGUACAAUAUACAUCUGAUUCAAUAAAUAUGAUACUUGAGUAUUGUGGUCUUGGUGAUUUAGAAAAGUACAUCAAAAAGAAUUCUGCAAAAAAUAGAUUAGCUGAAAGUGAAGCUAAACCAUUAAUUCUUUAAUUGUUAGAUGCUAUGAAAAUGUUACGUUUAAAAAAUGUCGUUCAUCGUGAUCUCAAAUUAGCAAAUAUUCUUAUAAAUGAAUAAAUGUAAAUUAAGUUAGGUGAUUUUGGAUUUGCUAAGUCAGUAAUGAGUGAUUUAAUGGAAUCAUAUUGUGGGACACCAAUUACAAUGGCACCUGAAAUACUAAAGUAAUUAUUCUAUUAUACUUUUAAAGAAAAAAUGAUAAUUAUGAUCAUAAAUGUGAUAUUUGGUCUUUAGGAGUAAUGAUUUAUUAAAUUCUUUAUGGAUAACCACCUUUUAUCCCAAAAAAAGCUACAGUAAUUGAUCUUAUUAAAGAAAUUGAAAAAUAGAAUGUAAAAAUAAAAGUUAAUUUUAGAUAUCUUUUUCUGAGUAAGUUGUUGUCUCAUCUGAAUGUAAAGAUUUAAUACGUAAGAUGCUUGUAGAAGAUCCUAAAAAGAGAACAUCAUUUGAAGAUAUUUUUACUCAUCCAUGGUGUGUCAAAGAAUAAAUUGACUUAAGAAAAUCUGUUUUAUAAACAUAUGUUCCAUAGCACUAAGAGUUCCUUAAGAAUUUAUCUUAUACUCUCUUUUAGUAAAAUAAUUAGCUUCUCUCAAUUAUUAGAAUUAUUUAGACUAUUGAAAAUAAAUACAAAGAAUUAACUUAAAUUUGUAUCAAUUUUAGAAAUGUUUUAACUUAAGGUUUUUCAUCUAUUCAAUUGAAUAUUAGUUAUUCAAAUUAGAAGGUCUGUAUUAAGUUACCAGAUAAUUAUAAAUAUUUUAAUUUUUAAUAAGAAUUAUUAAUAUUUCUGACCAACUUAUAUGAAGUAGCCAUAAAAAAUUAAAAUAUCAAUUUAAUUGAUUUUAUUGAUUUAAAGAUAUAGGAUUAUGAAAUUACCAAUUAUUUUUCAAUACGAUAUGAUGAAUACACUGUAACUUUAUUAGAGGAAAUAACAAGUUUUAAAUUAUAAAACGAUGUUUAAAAAGGGUAAUUAUUAAAUAAGUUGGAGGAUGAAAAAGUUAAAAAUAAAUUUGUUAAAUCAGAUUUAAAUACUCUAAUAGAAGUUAUUAGAGAUAGAUUUAAAAAUUCAUGA